AUGGCGCGCUCCAUCAUGUCCCGACGCCAGGGAAUCUACACGUCGAGCAGCGACGCGUCCGGAGCGCUGCAGGCCGGGCUCGUGCAAAAGACCUUUUCCGCGCUGAUGGCGCAGUACCCGAACCACACUCUCGCACCCGCGCUGUCGUGCUACACGACGGCGUCGGCAGACUCGCUGCUUCCGCUGUGGGCCAACACGACGACGGCGCUCAAGUUCUCCCUGGACCGGCUGAGCGCGGGAAACGCGCUGGUGGGUCUGUCCGCGCAGACGGGCGAGGACAGGUACCAGCGAGCGGGGGAGGUGCUGCGCGCCAGCAUCGACGCAAACUCGCGCAGCUCCGAGGGCGGGCUGUGGUACUACGUGUACCCGAACUGGUCGUAUCUGGACGGCAUGUUUUCCUUUGGCCCGUUCUGGGCGCUCUGGACAGCGACGCAUGACGCGCGGAAUGCCACGGCGUGGGCGGAGCUCAAGAGCCAGUUUGGGCUGCUUGCGCGGCGCUGUCAAGUCGAGGGCUCCGACCUCCUGGUCCACGGGUACGACGACUCGCGCACGGCGGUGUGGGCGAACAACUCGCGCGGGCAGAGUCCGCACGUCUGGGGCCGCAGCCUGGGGUGGUACGUGCUGGGGCUGCUGGAGACGAUUUCGGAGCUCGACCGUGCCAGCGCGGGCGGCGCUCUCCGGGACGACUUUGUGGCCGAGUUCCAGCGCAGAAUGGGCGCGGUUGUCGACGCCGUCGACGCGGCGACGGGCGCGUGGUGGCAGCUCCUCGACGCGCCGGGCAGACAGGGCAACUACGUGGAGAGCAGCGCGAGCGCCAUGUUCACGUGGGCGCUGCUGCGGGGGGCGCGGGAGGGUCAUCUCAACGCGACGCACGUCGACGUGGGCCGGCGCGCAUACGCCCACCUAAAGGAUACGUUUGUGGUGCACAGUGGCAAUGGCACGCUGGGCUGGAACGGCACGGUGAGCGUGUGCAGUCUCAACUCGACGGCGAGCUUCGAGUACUACACGACCAGGCCGAUACUGUACAACAGCGUGCUGGGCAGUGCGGCGUUUGUGGGGGCGAGCCUGGAGGUGGAGCGGCUGGGGUGUUGA